CGUAUAUAAGCUGCGCCUGAGUUGCGGGGCGUCUCACUACGCUGUAGUUACUUGUGUGACAUCACAACAUGAUUUCUUUACGGAUAUCUUUCGUGCUGUGCGCUGUGUUGGCGCUGGCAGCGAUGUCUGCAGCCAAGCCUGAUGAUGGAGAGACCGUCACUGUACCUGGACCUGGGUUAUCAUACGGAGGCAUACCAUACGGCAGUAUGAGCGGCAACGUAGCAGAGUUCUUCAGAAGGCAGGCGUCAUCUGGUGGCCGAUCGGCGUACCUUAAUGGCCCUCAUGGCAACAGCGUUGAUUACGCGCCUAUUGAACAAUACUUAAGAUAGAUGUCGCUAGUAGUAUGUUAAGUAAAACUUAGUUUUAAAAUGUGUAAUUAAGUGCGUACGUCAAUAUUUGUCAUUAAAAACGAGUUCUGAAUUGUAGAAUAUUUUCAAGUAUUUUUUUAAUAAUUUUUCGAAAUCAUAUCUUUGGUUUCGAGUGUACAAAAAAAUCAAUUAGCUAAGUCAAAAGCCAUAAUAUAUUUAGUUUUAAACGAGAUAGCCCACUGGUAUGGUAUUAUUUAAGAUAGUAUUAAUAAAUGCCAUUAAUUUAUU